AUGGUCUCCUUCACCAAGCUCAUCGCCGCCGGCCUCCUCGCCUCCGCCGCCGUGGCCGUCCCCCACGGCCACCAGCACUCCCAUGUGCACGUCACGAAGCGCUCCUCCAGCAAGCGUGGUGCCGCCUACAACGACGCCUCGACCGUCGAGACCCUCAGCAGCAACGGCGCCAUCUCCUGGGCCUACGACUGGAACAUGAUCGCCUCCGGCAGCCUGCCCUCCGGCGUCGAGUUCGUGCCCAUGCUCUGGGGCCGCAAGAUGUUCGGCGACUGGUUCACCACCAUCCAGACCGUGCUCAGCAGCGCCAGCGGCUCCAGCUACAUCUUGGGCUUCAACGAGCCCGACGCCAGCUCCCAAGCCGCCAUGACCCCCUCCGAAGCCGCCUCGUCCUACUCCACCUACAUCACGCCCUACAGCGGCAAGGCCAAGCUGGUCACGCCCGCCGUGACCAACGGCGGCGGCGACAACGAGGGUCUCGGCUGGAUGCGCCAGUUCCUCGACGCCUGCACCGACUGCGGCAUGAGCGUGCUCGCCGUGCACUGGUACGGCGCCUCUGCCGACGAAUUCAAGACCUUCGUCCAGGAGGCCCAGGAGCUCGCGUCCAAGUACAACCUCGAGGAAACCUGGGUGACGGAGUUCGCCCUCAGCAGCGCCAUGACCGCCGGCUCGGGCACCCAGGAAUCCACCGAUUUCUUGAACGAGGUUAUCCCCUGGCUCGACUCGCAGAGCGGCAUCGGUCGCUAUGCCUACUACAUGUGUGCCGAUGGCUUCCUGCUCGAGGGCAGCGACCUGAGUGCCAGUGGAAAGGCCUACACCUACCAAUCCUGA